UCAAGAGUUAGCUGACUAUUGUAAACCUUUCCUAUUGUCUAUCAUUUAUGGAUAUGAUAUUUUUGCGCGUAUGAACAAAUCAACAAUAUCUGAUUUCAAAUGGCGUUUACUUGACGCUUUAUCAAUUUGUAAAGUACCGAAACAUCGUCUCCUAAGUCGCGGAAUAUUUGUAUGUAUGCGCCGUUAUCUGUUUAAGUGGUGCUUACCAAACUGUUUUUAUAGAGGAUCUCUAACAACUGUUGGGAAUGAUACUCUUUUACUGGAUACAGAUACUCAAGAGCGUCUGAUUCAUUCCAUCCCACAACUUGGACAUGAUGAUGAGGAAAUGCGAGUUUGUUUAUCACAACAGGGAAAUUCCUCUAAUCCAGGCAACACAAGUAGCCAUCGCCCUGUACAGUCUACCAGACGAUUUCGUCCUGGUCCUCGUUCCCUCCUCUGCUGGAUCAAUCCUAGUAGCCUACUUCCCGUGACUAUUUCUCAGUCUACAGAAUCUCCUUCACAGGUUCAAUCUUCCAAUAACAAAGUCAACUUGUACACUGAUGAUGAAAUUCAGUCUUGUGAUCAUGAGUCAUACGAUCUUUCCAAUGGUGUAUUCGGUGGUUUAGUGCUUCAUUUAGUUGAUGUUGACCUGGAUUGCAGUGAAGAUGAUAGUUCUAUUAGUCCGAUGAUGAAUGAAAAUGUUUUUAAAGGGGAUGUGGAAAUCGGUCAGAGAAUAGAUAAUUCUGGUCUGGAACGGCUGUUAUCAGUGAAGUCCAAUAGGUUCAGUGCAUGUUGUAGAAAACGUCAUGGAAUUAAAAAAACAAUUGCUGCUGUCUGGUCCAGUCCUCAACAGUUUCAGACUAUUUUAAUCCACCCACAGAUGAUAAUACACCAUCUACCUGAUCGAAUACUAGAAGCUGUUAGAUGCCUCCAGCAAGUCUUACUCCUAACAUCAACUGACUUGUCAGAUAGAAAUAGUGUUAAUGGCUUAAAAUCAUGCGAUUUUGUACGGAAAUUGAACAAUAUAUCCUAAUUUCGUUAUGUGAAGAAUUUUUUACCCUUUAUUCACCAUAUAUAGUAAUAAUAAUGCAAUAAUUUAUUUACCAAAUUUUACCUAGUAAUUCUACAAGUUUGUCCUUUUGACACUCAUGAGAGAUUUGUAUCCCCCUUUCGACCCUGUUUUUAUAAUGAGCUAAGUUUACCAGUGUAUGACUUUUAUAUGACUUUCUUUUCUGAGUCUUUAUUUUUCAUAGCAUUUUUUUGGCACGAUAAUGCAGGCACAGAACAGUACAGUAUGACCAAUUGAAUAAUCCUCUUCCUACGCAUACACAGUUAUACUUUGUUGUCCCACCGCGCACCAAGCCAAAAGUCAAGUCACCAACGGCAAGUAAAUUUCGCCUCUUACUAGACCCUAUGCAACUGUUUGAAAAAUUUUUCUUCUCGAAAAAUACUUGCUACAGUUUGAGACUUUUGUGCUAGGACAUUCAAGCGAGAUUAAUCCCUGAUAUUUUCGCCUGUGUAGGAUGUCAUACAUUCUAAAACCAUGCUUUUCAAUUGUAUUUCAUCAGUUCGUUUUCUUGUAUUCCUUGUUGUUGUUGUUGUGGGUUAUAUGCCUGUAUACAUGGUUCGGAUAUUUUCAUUCAUUCAUUUUCAUUCGUUGCCAGAAUUCGUAUUUCAUCGAGUUGUGUCUGAAGUUUGCUCUAGCCUAUGGUUUAAAUAAAAGUAGGGAGAGAUGUAGACGUUAUACCACUGCAGAAGGUGAUAAACUUUUGAGUGUUUCUUUGAAUAUCUUGAAGUGCAGAAAUAAUAAUCAGCCUUGUUCGUCCAUCCUAAUUUUAAUUGAUCACUGCUAUUGUGUUUUCUGUCGGCAAUCGUAAUUCAAGGAGAGUGACUAGUUGUAUUAUUUAUAACGUGCGAUGCUGUGAUCUAUAUUCGUCUUUCGGCGAUAAUAAUUAGAAUUAUGACCAGUUUGUGUACCUUUUCUACUGUUCAUGAUGUCCACUACUACCGGCAGUAUUUAUUGUCUAUUCUUUUUUUUUAAUUCGGUAAAUUUUUCCACCUCUGUCAGUAAACGUAUUUAGUAAUCUCUUAUCAGACCAAACCAUAUAAAUCUAUCUACACGUGUAUGUAUGUAUAAAAGUUAUUCAAUUAAUGUAAAUCGUGUGCACUUCCCUGUGUUCUUUUUUUUAUUGACAAAAACCUUAUCGGCAUCUGUGACUACAUACCUCAGGCUAUAAAUUCAUAUGGAUACUUUUUUAAAAUAUUUAAAUUAAAACGGAUAUUUUCACAGGA